UAUGGAGAUUUGAGGAGCUCUGUCUUGAGGAAGAUAAACAGUACCUCUAAAUGAAUAAAGAAACAAAAUAGAAGUGCAAGCAGCAAGAGUGUUAGCAGUAUUAUCCUCUAAUAUUAAGAAUGCCACCAUACCAAGCUGCCAACAGAUGCUUGAGUGGCCAACAAGACAUUUUUGAGUCUCUAUGGGCAUGACUAAAAAGUAUUAUCGCACCUAUUUGGAAUGUACUAGUUGAAGAUAUAUGCGGGGACCAUAUUAUGAGUGAUUUAUUUGUUAUAAAAGGCUGGACCCAAUGAAGAAUGGCAUAUAGCAAUAAAAGUCCAAAGACACAUCAGGAGAUGGAAAACAAAGGAACACAUUUUGUGCUGGUUCAUGGAUCUUGUCAUGGAGCAUGGUGUUGGUAUAAGGUGGUGGCUCUACUUAAGUCAAAAGGCCACAAAGUCACAACUUUGGACCUUGCCUCCUCCGGCAUCCACCCAAAGCCGAUUCAUGAAAUUAAGUCAAUCUCUGACUACGUUGAGCCACUGAUGGAUUUCAUGGCAUCCCUACCCCCAGAGGAGAGGGUCAUUCUGGUGGGUCACAGCGUGGGUGGAGCAUGCAUAUCUGUUGCUAUGGAAAGGUUCCCUGAGAAAAUUUCUGUGGCUGUUUUCGCCACAGCAUGUAUGCCUGGUCCUGACUUGAGCUUCUCCAUUAUAAAUGAAAAGUAUGGUCAAAGUUUGGACUCUUACUUGGACUCGGAAUUUACAUUUGAUAAAGGGCCUGGUCAUCCUCCAACCACCAUAGUCUUUGGGCCCAAAUUUAUGGAAUCCAAAUUGUAUCAGCUCUCCCCACCAGAGGAUUUAGUUCUUGGGAUGUCAUUGAUUCGACCAAUCAAUCUCUCAGUCACCAUAUUUUCACCAGAAGACCAACCGUCCAAAGAAAAGUAUGGAUCAGUUAAUAGAGUCUUCAUCCUUUGUGACCAAGACAAUGUGAUGAAGCCCAGUUUGCAGGAGUGGAUGAUCCAGAACAACCCACCUGAUGAGGUCAAGGUGAUCAAUGGUUCAGAUCAUAUGGUCAUGUUCUCUAAACCAGUGGACCUCACUUGCUGCCUCCAGGAGAUUGCUCAGAAAUACUCUUAAAAGAAUUCUAUCUUGUGUGUUUGUAAUUACGUAUAUUUAUCUGUACUUUACUAUGCUAUGCAUGCAUGGAUCAAAUAACAAGGUCAUAGAAAGAAAUUUGAAAAGUUGCACAUAUUGAUAAA